AUGACGGUAAAAACUACAGCCAUGAUGUUUAUGGAGGGAUUUCUAUCGUAUUUACGCCUGAUAAAAGAGAUGUGCGUGAAAGAGUGUGCCAAAAGGAUAUCUUGCGCUUCGCUUAAUUUUCACAGAAGCCGGUUGGAAUGCGAGUUGUCUUUCAAUGAUGGAUCAACAAACCCCUCCAAUCUGACAACUGAUAAAGAAUAUGUCUAUAUUGAAAGAAGAGAAAUACCACAGGUGUAUUCUGGCAAAUGCAAUUCAUCUUGUUCUCCACGUGGAAGUUGUAUUCAGACAGUAACUGGACCUAAAUGCAUCAAAACAGAUUGCCCUGUUCUUCAUCCAGACGCGAACACCACGACAGUCAAGGUCAUAGCCACCAAGGUUGGAACUGUUCUCACCUUCACCUGUACAUCUAACCCCUCCAUAACCUUGACCUCAACCUGCAGAAGCAACGGAGCUUGGUCAUCAUCCUCAUCUUUGUGCAAGGCAACAGAUAUCAAGCAUUCUGUGAUUAAUAUUCUUUUAUCUCCAUAA